AUGCAAGAUAGAAUUGGAGAUAGAAUUUCUUUUAAGGGCAAUUGUUGUACAAUAAAAUAUAUUGGCCCUGUAGAAGGUACAAAGGGAAAAUGGCUCGGAGUUGAAUGGGAUGAUCCAUCUUGUGGAAAACAUGAUGGAACAUAUCUUGGAUAUACAUAUUUUGAGUGUAGAAAAAAAAAAUCAGGAUCUUUUAUUAGACAAAAUAAAACUAGAGAUAUUAAAAAAACAUUUGUUGAAGCCUUUAAUGAUAAGUAUAAAUAUAUAAACACUAAAGAGUAUAAUAAUUUUGAAAACGCAAAAUCAAAAAGUACUGACAAUGAAAUUAAAAUAUGUGAAAUCUAUUACCCAAAAAGCAUGAAAAAGUUUCAAAAACUUUAUUUUGCUACUUUAGAUCAUAUGUCUAUAUCAAAACUAGGGAAUAUAGAAGAAAUAAAAGAAAAAUGUAUAGAUCUAUUAGAAAUAGAUCUUUCAGGAAAUCUUCUAGAUUGGGAAACGGUUAUCUUGAUUAUUAAAGAGCUUCCAAAUCUAAAUACAUUAAAACUCAAUUACAAUCAAUUUAAUGUUCCAGAAAUUAUAUCAGACAAUAAUUUUAGAUUUACUAAUUUAAAAACACUUGCUCUUAAUAAGACAUAUUUGAAAAUCGAAGAAGUAAAAAAAAUAUGCAGUUUUUUCCAAAAUUUAGAAGAACUUCAAUUAAGUCAUAAUCUUUUAACAUUGGAAGCAAACCAAAGUUUUCAAUUUUCUGAUUAUUUUCCUCAUCUUAAAAAAAUAUUUUUAGAUAAUAAUAAAAUAUCAUGUUUUGAAACAGUCAUCAAGAUUUUUGGACAAUUAAAAAAACUUGAAUUUUUAUCAUUGGCAUCAAAUCAAAUAGAUAAUAUUAGUGUAAAUAAAGAUUCAUUUAUAUCUUUAAAAUAUCUUGACAUAUCCAAAAACAAUAUAUCUAAAUGGUCUUCUCUUGAUAAUUUAAAUCUAUUAAAUACUUUAGUAUCUUUAAGAUUUGAUGAUAAUCCUUUACUUGAAGAAUUCAAGGACAAUUCUAGUAAUUUUAUAAUUCCAAGACUAAAAAAUAUUGUAGUAAUAAACGGUACUAAAAUUACUCAAGAAGAAAGACAAGAUUUAGAGUUACAUUAUUUGAAUGUAAUUGAAAAAGAAAUUAAAUCUGGAAGAAUAUCUGAUUACUCAGAUUUAAUUAAAAUGCAUCCUCGGUGGAUAGAAUUGCAAAAAAAAUAUGGUGAAAGAAAUCCUGUAUUUAACUCUAAAGAAAACUUAAUAGAAAAAAAUAUAGAAACAAAGCUCAUUGAAUUAUCUAUUACAUUUGAAAGAAAAGUAGUUAAAAAGAAAUUUAUUUCGUCAAUGAAUAUUCGGUCUUUUAAGUCUUUUUGUGCAAAAUUUUUUGAAAUUGAUCCAUUUGGAUUUAAAGUAUCAUAUUUAAAUGACUUAGAUAAAAUAAUUUAUAUAAGUGAUGAUUCUAAGUCGCUUUCUUUUUAUAAUUUGUCGUCAGGCAAAACUAUAUAUUUAGAAAAAAACAUCAAUUUAUAAAUAAAAAGGCAAU